GCAGCAACUACUAAUCAUGGGGAAACCCCGGAUGAUCAUCUUGAUCCGCCAUGCGCAGUCGGAAGGAAACAAGAACCGCGAAAUCCACCAGACUGUCCCCGACCAUCGGGUUAAACUCACUCCCGAAGGCCUUCGUCAAGCACAGGAAGCCGGCUCCAACCUGCGGGCGCUUCUGCGGCCAGAUGACACUAUCCAUUUCUUCACCUCACCGUACCGUCGCACUCGAGAGACGACGGAGGGCAUCCUUCAGUCCCUAACUUCGGACUCCCCAGCUCCGUCCCCGUUCCCGAGACAUACAAUCAAGGUCUACGAGGAACCCCGGCUACGGGAACAAGACUUCGGGAACUUCCAGCCAUGCUCGGCGGAGAUGGAACGUAUGUGGCUGGAGAGAGCAGACUACGGCCACUUCUUCUACCGGAUCCCCAAUGGCGAGUCUGCCGCGGACGCCUAUGACCGCGUCAGUGGGUUCAACGAAUCGCUGUGGCGUCUGUUCGGAGAGGACGACUUCGCCAGUGUCUGCGUGCUUGUCACCCAUGGGUUGAUGACGCGGGUCUUUCUUAUGAAGUGGUACCACUGGAGUGUCGAGUACUUCGAAGAUCUUCGCAAUAUCAACCACUGCGAGUUUGUGAUCAUGAAACUCAAUCCGGACAACGGGAAAUACGUUCUUCAGAACCAGCUACGCACGUGGUCCGAUCUGAGGAAGGAGAAAGAGCAGGAGAAACAGCAUGAGCGAGCAACCAAGGGGCUGGCCCCAGCACAUUUGACACAGUCUGAGACAUCCAUCCCUAUCAGACGCAAAUGGGGCGGUUGUCCAGAUGGGUGCAACCAUAGCACCCGACGAAAGAACUCCUUGCGCUCAUCUCGCGUACACACGGCAGAUCAUCCAAAACAUCACCAUGACUCUCACCCCAAGAAGACAACAAAUGACGUGAACCACGGCCACCCAUUCCAGGAGAACCACGACGGCCACUCCACCCCAGCAACUGAGACAACCACCCAGGCAGAGCCACACAUGCUCAGGGCUCCAGAGCCCGCCUUGGGAGACCGCUCAAGUGACACAAGGCCGUUGGAAAAAACCCUCUCCUCUCCGUCUCAGCAGUACGGGUUUCACGGAGUCCAGCUAGAUGGCGCAACCACGACCUCCACCCAGGCCACCCUGUCGACCCUCUCAACACCCGAUGCAUCCAACAAAAGUGCCAACUCCUCGAAGCCUCCCCCACCUUCGACCCCAAGUCCAAUCCCUAGCGCCAUUCCCCGUCGCCCCGACCUCCUCAACUUCCACCGCGACAGCGAAGACCACCUCCUCCACCCCCCACGCUCCAACUACGCCUACAUUCACCUCGUCGGCCGCGACGGCGGCGGCUCCCUUAGCGGCGCGAACAGCCUGGCUCCCUCUGAAGACGAGCGCGAAGACAAGCCACAGCCAAGCACACACUCACACCCCCAUUAUACCCACCAUGCUCACAUCCAGACUCAAGCUCACGUCCACACCCGCCCCCGAUCUAUCUCCAACUCUCACCAAUCCCGACCCUCACAAGACCUAGACAACGACGGCGAUGACGAAGGCAGCGGAAAGCCAUCUGCCCGACCACGACGCACACGAUCCCACAACCAUCAUCACCGCCACCUCCCAACCCCAGGACGUCGGAACCUCACUAAGCGCGUCGCCAACAUCCUCAGCAACGACAACGCCGAUCAAGACGGAUUAGAAGACGAACCAGAACCUCUCGAUCCUUCAGCAUCACAGCAGACCGAUCAUGAUCAAUUUCCCGAGUACGACCAUCUUCACGACCGACAUGAACAUGAACAUGAACAUGACCAUGACCAUGAUGAGCACGAACAUGAAGCCGACUAUGACCAUGACCACGACCACAAGAGCGAUGAAUACGAGCAGAGUGGUACCGAAAUCGAGGACGCCGAUCUCGAAGCCGAAAGAUGUCAUGAUCAGAGCAUCGAGGGGAGCGUGUAUUAGGCAACCCUCCUUGCAUCCGUCCCAUCUACCCUUCCGUACAUGCAUACGUACAACCAUACAUACAUACACACAUACAUGCAUAAUUGCAUAAUUGCAUAUCGAUCAACCCAAGCCAAUGACGAAUAACAUCUAAACUUAGAGACGACAAUUUCUCUCUCUCUCUUUCUCUCUCCUUUAUUCAUUCCUUGCUGGCUUGGCUAGUCUCCUUCCAUAUUCCCUGUGAUGGGAUGUAUGACAAAGUCAGUCUUUCAACGGUCAAAGCCAGAUCGGACCGAUCACAUCACAUCCAUCCAUCCAACCCUUCCUUCUUCGUUCCUUCCCUUAACAUUAACAUCAAUCAAU